AUGCUGGAAAACCUCUGCACCCUUCCGCUCUCAGCGGAGCUCUUCACCCAGGUCCUGCACCCUUCCAAGCCACUUCUCACCGUCGGACUGUUGAAUGGCCGGGUUGAAAGCUUUCGAUUGCCAAGCGAGGACGACGAGGGGGGCAACAGCAGCUCCAAUAGCGGCAGGGGCUUGAUCAAGAGCGUGUGGAGCACACAUCGGCACAAGGGGAGCUGCCGCUAUCUGGCUUACAGCCACGAUGGAGAAGCCCUCUACUCUGCCGGCACCGACUCCGUCGUGAAGCACUUCUCCCCCGAGACGGGAAUUGUCGUCUCCAAGAUCGGCCUCCCACCCCGCAACAGCGCCACCACCACAACCGAUUGUCCCGCCAUCCUCCACGUCCUGUCCCCGCAAACCCUCCUCCUUGGCACCGACUCGGGCGGCCUGUACAUCUUCGACCUGCGCGAGAACGGCAGCCUGAACCCCAAACCCGCGCGCAAGCACAUGCCGCACGCCGACUACAUCUCCAGCAUCACGCCCCUGCCCGCCUCGGCCGAAAGCAGUUCCGGUUUCCCCAAACAAUGGGUGUCGACGGGCGGCACCACGCUCGCCGUCACGGACCUCCGAGCCGGCAUCGUUGCCACGUCGGAGGACCAGGAGGACGAGCUGCUGUGCUCGACCAUCAUCCCCUCCGGGCUGGGCCCGAAACGCAUGCGCAACAACGCCGUCGUGGCCGUCGGCACCGGCGGCGGCGUGCUGACGCUGUGGGACCGUGGCGCGUGGGACGACCAGCAGGAGCGCAUCUACGUCUCGGGGGGGAAGAGCAAGCGGGACGCGGAUAGUCUCGAUGCCAUUGUGCGGGUGCCCGACGAGCUCGGCUUGGGCGGGAAGAAGGUGAUUGUGGGCGUGGGCGACGGCAGCAUGGCCGUGGUGGACCUGAAGCAGCGCGAGGUGCAGGCUGUGCUGAAGCACGAUGAGGUUGAGGGCGUCGCUGCGCUGAAUUUUGACUACCAAAACCGCUUGAUUAGUGGCGGCGGCAGGACGGUCAAGGUUUGGGCUGAGUCGGGCGUGGAGGGGUUUGAGGAGGAGGAAGAAGGGGACGGGGAGCACCAAGCUGCCAAGAUCAAAAGGUCCGCGGACAGCGACGACGAGUCGGAUCGCGACGACAGCGAUGGCGAGGACGAGCGCCCAGUGAAGCAUUUGAAGAAGAAGCGCAGGAAAGGCAAAGGUGGGCAAGCAAGGAUUGUCGCCUUCCCAGGCCUGGACUAA